GCGUCUUCAACGACAACAGCUCGUCAUCCACCUCGGCGGCUUGCUAGCUAACAGCUGAAACACUACAUUUCUUGAGCCACUGUCGGUGUAUAUUAGCCACUGUGUUUGAAACACAAGUCUGUCGUAUAGCUGGUUGCCGCAUUUAAUUUCAUUUUACGCUGCUAGUAGUCAGCUAACUGACUGGUUAAAUCAGAAGUAGCACUUGGCUAAUCGUUAAUGCUAACCAGCUAACGUUAGCUAACUAACAUCCCGACCAUGAGUUCACUAAGCUACUCUCCAGCUACAGAAGAGGAGGUCUGCUGGACGGAGAAAGAAGCUCUCGUGAAAGAGGAGGAGGAAGAGGAGGCUGUUACAGUUAAACAAGAAGUAGAGGACGAGGCUGUUACGGUGAAAGAAGAAGAGAAAGACCUUACAGUGAAAGAAGAGGAAGAAGCUUUCAGAGUGAAGGAGGAGCAGCAGGCUGCAGUGUUUGGAGUGAAAGAAGAAGAGGAGGGGGAGUUGACGUUUGGAGUUAAGGAAGAAGGGGAGAUAACUGUCACAUUGGAUGAGGAAGAGGGAGAAUUAGAGAAGACUGGAAAUCUGAUUGACACCAGAGAGAGACCAGACUCUCACUCUGACAGCGGGAAGAGUCCUUCAGGGGAACCAGACCCAGAGACGCCCAAACCAGCAAGACAGCAUCACUGCUCCCACUGUGGAAAGAGUUUUACCUGGUUAGGGUACCUAAAACAGCAUGAGAGGACACACACAGGAGAAAAGCCUUUCCAAUGUUCCCAGUGUGGAAAGAGUUUUACCGUGUUAGUCAACCUGAAAAGGCAUGAAAAACUACACUCUGGAGAAAAGCCAUUCCAAUGUUCCCAGUGUGGAAAAAGUUUUACCCGGUUAGGACACUUAAAAGAGCAUGAGAGAACACACACAGGAGAAAAGCCUUACCACUGCUCCCAAUGUGAAAAGAGAUUUUCACGAUCAGGGGACCUAAAAAGUCACGAGAGGACACACACAGGAGAAAAGCCUUAUCAAUGUUCUCAGUGUGAGAAGAGUUUCACCCAGGUAGGGAACCUGAAAAUACAUAACAGAAUACACUCUGGGGAGAAGCCGUACCAUUGCUCCCAAUGUGGAAAGAGUUUUACCUGGUUAGGGAGUCUGAAUUCGCACGAGUGGACACACAGAGGAGAGAUGCCUUACCACUGCUCCCAAUGUGAAAAGCGCUUUAGCCAGUUGGAGCACCUUAAAUCACACGAAAGAACACAUUCAGGAGAGAAGCCUUUCCACUGCUCUCAUUGUGGAAAAACAUUUUCCCAGUCAGAGGACCUGAAAUCCCAUGAGAGAAUAGAGAGGCUGUGUUCUGACUUGUGUUUUUGACUGGAAAUGUUGUGUGUUUUGAAAUCAUAUUGUUUAUAUAAAACCAAAAUAGGCCUA